CGUUCCGCGAGACACCGGACGUCGGGGCGACUGGCGUAGCCGGGCGGCGAAGCUGGAGCGGCGGUGGCGGCGGCGGCGGGAGGCCGGGGCCGGGGCUGAGGCCGGGGCUUCGAGGCCCGUGGGGCGGCAGGCAGCGGCGACGGCGGCGACCCGGGGCCCGGCCGCGGAGGCCGACGCGGACGCCAUGGCCGAGAGCAUCAUCAUCCGAGUCCAGUCUCCGGAUGGAGUAAAGCGGAUCACAGCAACAAAAAGAGAAACAGCUGCAACCUUUUUGAAAAAGGUUGCAAAGGAGUUUGGCUUUCAAAACAAUGGCUUCUCAGUUUACAUCAAUAGAAACAAGACUGGAGAGAUAACAGCAUCGUCCAGCAAAUCCCUCCAUUUGCUAAAAAUCAAGCAUGGCGAUUUGUUGUUCCUGUUUCCCUCAAGCCUUGCUGGACCCUCAUCAGAGAUGGAGACAUCAACCUCACUGGGCUUAAAGCCCUUUGUUCCCAAUGUGGUGGAGGAUGAGAUUGAUCAGUACCUCAGCAAGCAGGACGGGAAGAUUUACAGGAGCCGAGACCCACAGCUAUGCCGACAUGGCCCCUUGGGAAAGUGUGUGCACUGUGUUCCGCUGGAGCCGUUCGAUGAAGACUACCUGAAUCACUUGGAGCCUCCUGUGAAGCAUAUGUCCUUUCAUGCCUACAUCCGUAAGCUGACUGGAGGGGCUGACAAGGGGAAGUUUGUUGCCCUGGAGAAUAUCAGCUGUAAGAUUAAGUCGGGCUGCGAGGGACAUCUCCCAUGGCCCAAUGGCAUUUGCACCAAGUGCCAACCCAGUGCCAUCACACUGAACAGACAGAAAUACAGACAUGUUGACAAUAUCAUGUUUGAGAAUCACACGGUUGCUGACCGCUUCCUUGACUUCUGGAGAAAGACGGGGCACCAGCACUUCGGGUACCUGUAUGGACGGUACACGGAGCACAAGGACAUUCCCCUGGGCAUCAGGGCGGAAGUGGCUGCGAUUUAUGAACCUCCUCAGAUUGGCACACAGAAUAGCCUGGAGCUUCUUGAAGAUCCAAAAGCUGAGGUGGUAGAUGAGAUCGCUGCCAAACUUGGCCUGAGGAAGGUUGGCUGGAUAUUCACAGACCUCAUCUCAGAAGAUACCCGAAAGGGUACAGUCCGUUAUAGUCGAAAUAAGGACACUUACUUUCUAAGUUCAGAAGAAUGCAUAACUGCAGGAGACUUCCAGAACAAGCACCCCAACAUCUGUCGGCUUUCUCCUGAUGGGCAUUUUGGAUCCAAGUUUGUCACUACAGUAGCCACAGGUGGUCCAGACAACCAGGUCCAUUUUGAAGGAUACCAGGUGUCUAAUCAGUGCAUGGCACUGGUCCGUGAUGAGUGUCUCCUACCGUGCAAGGAUGCUCCUGAGCUCGGCUAUGCCAAGGAGUCCAGCAGUGAGCAGUACGUGCCUGAUGUGUUUUAUAAGGACAUAGAUAAGUUUGGCAACGAGAUCACCCAGCUGGCCCGCCCGCUGCCCGUGGAGUACCUGAUCAUAGACAUCACAACCACCUUCCCCAAGGAUCCAGUUUACACUUUUUCUAUUUCUCAAAAUCCGUUUCCUAUUGAAAACCGGGAUGUAUUGGGUGAGACACAGGACUUCCAUAGUUUGGCCACCUAUUUGUCCCAGAAUACCUCAUCUGUGUUCUUGGAUACCAUCUCGGACUUCCACCUCCUGCUGUUUCUAGUCACCAAUGAGGUCAUGCCUCUGCAGGACAGCAUCAGUCUGCUGCUAGAGGCUGUGAGGACCAGAAAUGAGGAGCUGGCCCAGACAUGGAAGAAGUCUGAGCAGUGGGCGACCAUUGAGCAGCUCUGUAGCACCGUUGGCGUGCAGCUCCCUGGCCUCCACGAGUACGGCGCUGUCGGGGGCUCCGCGCACGCCGCCACCGCCGCCAUGUGGGCCUGCCAGCACUGCACCUUCAUGAACCAGCCCGGCACGGGCCACUGCGAGAUGUGCAGCCUCCCCAGGACCUAGGGCCCCGGCCCUCUGCUGCGUGGGACUGAGCCAGCCCCGCCCUCGGAAGCCCUCUGCCCUGAGGGGGCGGGCCGGCUGCCCCGGGGUCUCCAGCCACGAUGCUGGAGCGAAGGCGCCCCUGCUGCCGCGCUAGGCCUGAACCGAACUUCCCACGUGGAAACGCAGAGCAGCCCUGCCCGACACCCACACGCCUCACCUGGUUUCAGCCCUCUCCCUGGUGGGAGGACCGGGCACCUCCAAAUCACCAUUUGGAAUUAGGGAUGCAGGGCUUGGUUGCAGCUGCCACCCGGCUUUCCUCUUCCCUCUUUUGACACUUUGGUUCUUUAUUUCCCCUGCCCUGUUUUGGUUGGGAGUUCCCGGCUGCCUCUCUGUUCUGUUGCUCUGGGAUGAAGGCCCUGCCUGUGAGGUUCACGGUCACGUCCCUCCUGUGAGCGGCCCGUCGGGGGGGAUGUGCGGCUGGGCCCUGGCCUGGGCGGCCUGGCCUGCAGGUCAGUGCGCCCCCAUCCUCCUCUGGCCAACCUCAGGUGGGAUUUUAAAGUCUGCAUUGGUUAUAAUAAUAGUGAUCAGUAACUGCCUGGAAAACCUUUAUUUAUUGUUUUUAAGAUAAAACUGCACAAAAGGGAAGUGAGAGACUAGUUUUCGCCUCCUUUCCUCAGUGCAGCCCCUCGUGGGUGUUCAGGGUGGUGAGUGGACUGGGCCACCAUCGGUUCUUUGAAGCAAACCUCAGUGCCUGAGACUUUCCUCCCCAGGCCCCUGCUGUGCGGCCCUCGCCAGGCCGGCCGCCUGUGGGGACGGCCUGGAUGGGCUCUCGCUGGGGACCUGCUUCCGCUUCCCCAGCACCCGGCACGCUGGCCUUGCGGGAGCAGGGUCCGGUGACAGUGUUUGUGGGGCCUGCGCCGCUGGCACCGUCCACCCAUGGUGCAGCUAGGAGGUCCAGAACAGCGUCCCAGCGGUCUCUUCAGCGUCCAGCCCUUGCCCAGACACGCCGUCUCUCUGCCUUACUAAGAACGGAACCAGCUGUACUGCGCUCAGACGGGGAGACGGGGGCGCCCCCUCCUCCUGGAGAAGUGUCCCAUGCUGGUCCCCAUCCUUGACCGUGUAGACAGAGAACACGUGCUUGUCGGGCUCUCACAGCAGGGCCGUGGCCAGCACCCCUGGGUUUGCCUGGUAUGGGGCUUGAGCAGCUGCCCGAAUGGGGCCCGGCAGGCUUGGUGUGCUGGCGGCAGGGCCGUCCUGUGGGUCAGCCAGCACAGCCUCGAGAAGGUGCUGAGGGGCGUGGGCUCUCCCGGCAGCCGCCCGGCUGAGGCUUCACCUGUCUGUCCCUCCUGGUCUCCAAGGUCGGCGUGAGCCUGGGCGGCCGGGCGCUGCCGCGCCCACCCCCUCUUCCCAAGGCCGCCCACGCCGCGCGGGAGGGCGCGGAGCGGGGCCUGGCCACCCCUGCACCUUCGCUUCCUCUCCCAUCCGCUCUCUUCUGACCCACCAAGCCAACCUUCUGUUGUUUCCUCAGCCAAUAGUGUUCUCACUCUGAAAUUCUGGCAUCUCCAUUCAUUCAUGUCUUCAACUUUCAGCUAAAGAAGUGUUGUGUUUCUCCGCUUAUGGUUUUGAGUUGCUCUUUGUUCAGUAAUGCACUUUAUUUUAUUGUCCAAAGAGAGUCAUGCUAAUGUUACCAGCUUGGGGUGAUCCCUGCGAAGGUUCCGGCUGGGCUGCUCGGCCCCCUUGUACCUGGGGCCCAGCCCCACCUCAUGCCCCUCCUGUGCCGCUAGGCACCAUGGCCCAGAGGGGUGCCGAGCGCACACCUGCUGUGGUGAGUCCAGUGGCUGCCAUCGUCCCUCCAGCCCCGGAGGUGGGGUCUGGCUCUGGCUGCAUCUGACCAGCCUGCUCCUGGGACACGGGUGCUCCCGCUUCGGCUCUGCUUUGGGCUCACAGGUGUGUCGGCUGGGCGUGGACUAGCCUUACCUUGAUCCUAGCCCCGCAGUGAAAUCUAAUAAAAGCACCUGAAGCGAC